AUGAGCAACUAUAAAGAAAUCUGUACUGUGCCCACUGACUUUGGCGUCACAUUUACAAAGCUCAAGAGCGAAAAGACGGGGUUGACUGUCAUGCUGGCAGACAUUGAAGCGCCACUUGUAAAUGGCUAUUUUGCCUUGGCUACUGAGAGUUUUGAUGAUUUUGGCUGUCCUCAUACAUUGGAGCACCUUGUUUUCCUUGGCAGUGAUCAGUACCCAUACAAGGGUGUUUUGGAUUCACUUGCCAACAGAGCCAUUGCCCAGGGCACAAAUGCAUGGACAGAUGUGGACCACACGUGUUACACCAUCACAACCGCUGGAUCAAAGGGCUUUUUGAACCUACUGCCUAUCUAUGUUGACCACAUCUUGUAUCCCACCUUGACUGAGACUGGAUAUCAUACUGAAGUUCACCAUAUCAACGGAAAGGGCGAAGAUGCUGGUGUUGUCUACAGUGAAAUGCAAGGAUGUCAAAACCUAGGCGAUGACAGACUUCACCUUCGCAUGAAGAGAAUCAUGUACCCAGAGACCUGUGGGUACAGAUCAGAAACGGGUGGCCUUAUGGAGAGACUUCGCGAAUUGUCAGUGGAAAAGAUUCGUGAUUACCACAAAUCUUAUUACAGACCUGAUAACCUCUGCCUGAUAAUCACUGGUAAGGUGGACAAGAAUGAGCUGUUGAAAGCAUUGGAACCAGUUGAGGAGUCCAUCAUCAAGAGAGGGCCUUUGCCUGAAAUGCAGAGACCUUGGAUCAGCACUAGCGACUUCCCCAACCUGGACAAGAACAUUGAAGAAACCGUGCUCUUUGCGGAUGAAGACGAAUCCAUGGGCACCGUGCUUAUUGCUUGGAACGGUCCCAUGUGCAGCGAAUUCCUUGUACAAAAAGAAUUGGAAGUGUUAAACACCUACCUCACUGACUCACCUGUGUCGGUAUUGCAGAGAAAAUUUGUAGAGACGGAAGACGCACUCUGCACAGAUGUCGAUUUCCACAUUACCGACCAUUUGAAAUCCACAUUAAUGUUUACAGCCUCCAGUGUGCCUAUUGAAGAAAUCGAAAACUUCCCAGCAGAGUUCUUUUCAACCUUGAAGCGACUUGUUCAAGACAAGGAAAUUGACAUGACUCGAAUGGCCACUGUCAUUGAAAAGGAGACAUUGAAGCUCUUGGAUAGUGCAGAAACGGACGCUCACGACACUGCCGCUGCUGUUGCCAUCUCUGACUUUUUGUACGGAUCUGCUGAUGGCAAAGAUCUUAAGGAAUCUGUUAAGGAUCAAGAGUAUUUGGAUGUUCUAUCAAAAUACACUGUGGAAGAUUGGCUAAACGUCUUGUCCAAAUGGUACAUUGAUGCACCCCGCAUCACAUUGUUUGGUAAGCCUUCUGCUGAAUUCGCUGAGCAACAGUCAGAGGAAGAAACCAGUCGUAUUGAGAAGCAGCGUGCUGAUCUGGGCGAGGAGAGACUGGAGCAAUUGCAACACAAACUGGAUGAUGCUAUGGCAAAGAAUGACGUCCCUGUGCCCAAGGAGCUACUGGAAGGAUUCAGGAUUCCAUCAGCUUCUUCCAUCAAGUUUAUCAAUGUGGUCACUGCCAGAAACAACGACAAGGAGAUCUCAAAUGAAGUCCAAACGUAUAUCAAUCAAGACAACAGCGCUGAUGUUCCCUUGUUUAUCCAAUUCGACCAUGUCAAGUCUCACUUUGUCAAGCUCUCUGCUCACAUCAGUGCUUCAUCUAUUCCUACGCAUUUGCUCUUGUACACUCGACUCUUCUUAAAAAGCAUCUUUUCUCUGCCUAUCGAAAAGGAUGGCAAACUCAUUGCCUACGAGGAUGUCGUCAAGGGCUUGGGUGAGGACACAAUCGAAUACGACGCUACCCUAGGUACCAGCUUUGGUUUCAGAGAAUUGGCAGUGUUUACUCUCAAGGCGAACAGCUCCAAAUUUGAAGCUGUCAUUCAAUGGUUGCAUGACAUUUUGUGGAAUACCAAAUUCACCGCUGAAAGACUCAAGAUUGUAGCUGCACAAAUUUUGAACGACAUCCCUCAAGCCAAGCGUGAUGGUCAUGAUAUGGGCAAUGCUACCAUGCGCGCACUUCAAGUAGAUCCCAAAAAGUCUGUCGAUGCUGCUCGCAACAUUUUGUUCCAGAACUCGUUUUUGCAAGAAAUCGUCAAGCGUUUGGAAGAUGAUCCAACCUCUGUCAUUGAAGAAUUAAACGAGUUCCGUUCUCACCUGUGCUCUCCUGAAAACAUCCGCAUUCAUGUUACCGGUGAUAUUUUGAACCUCAAGACCCCUCGCACUGCUUUCAAGGCAUUUGCUCCUACAAAUUCCAUCAAGCCAUUGGCACCCAUCACAUUGGCCAAGCAGGUACUCAAGCCCGUUGGCGGUGAACCUGGAAACCAUGGUCUAUUGGUCACUCUGCCCACUAUUGAAAACUCAUUUUCGCUUCAUUCUGUAAAGGGCCCUGAUAGAUUUGAUGAUCCUGAUAUUGCACCCUUGUUGGUGAUGAUUGAAUUGCUGGAUACUAUGGAAGGUAUCUUUUGGAAAUUGAUCCGUGGUCAAGGAUUAGCCUACUCGUGCUUCUUGGAUGCCAACAUUGAGUCAGGGCUGAUUAAUUUCACCAUUUAUCGCUCUCCUGAUGCCUUUAAGGCUUUUGAGCAAGCCAAGAUUGUUGUUGAGCAGCUGGCCAACCAUGAAAUGGACAUUGAUGUUUCCUCUAUAGAUGGUGCCAAGAGUGCUGUGAUUUACAGUCUUGUGGCUAGAGAAAAUACCAUGGAUCGUGCAGCAUUGCAAUCAUUUGUCAACCAAGUGUUGAAGAAGAUGCCUGCCUCUUACAAUCGAGACAUGCUCAUUGCUAUUCAAGCUGUCACCAUGGAUGAUUUGCAACAUGUCUUGAACAAAUAUUUUGUAAAUAUGUUUAAACCUGAUACAAGCAAUGUUGUUGUAAUUAGUACACCUACAAAGAUUGUAGACAUUCAAAAGGGAUUUGAGGGAUUAGGGUUUGGUAUCAAAUCGGUUGCAUUAAAUGACAUUAAUGUAGACGCUUUUUAA